ACUUAAAGAAGAAGAAUAGAGCAAGCGAUUAGAUGAUCCUAGUUCGGAGCAUGAGACAAAGGGUGGACGGGCGAGAAAUACAAUUUCAGGAGAGGCUCGAUGCGGCAAAUGCGGCGAAUGCGCUGAAUGCGUUGAAUGCGACGACGGUAACGUCAUGCGCUCUGAAAACAACCGCAACCCCCUGUGAGAAGAGACGAGGAAGAACGGUAGGGAUUAGGUGUACGCGGCGUGGUAGGAAACACGGUGCGCGAGCGCGGGCACGCGCGCACACGCGCAUUAAACUACCAAGAUACCCGUAGUGGAAGAGAGACGGGACAGCACGCACGCUCGUAGGUUCUGCUGUAAAGGAGGGAGCACAGUGCAUCGAAGUUAUGCAGUGUUGCUUACCACGUAGAAGGCAUAACACUCGCCGUUUCUACAAUAGGAUCCUAACAUUUUCAUAAAUUUUUUGUUCUACGUUUCGGUGUUUUCAGUUUUCCAACGUUCUCCUCUUUAUUGCUCUUCUUAACAAAUGUUUCGUCAGUCUCACCGUAAAUCGCAACGCAAAAUCGAUUAUCCAGAGACGGGUAUUUCGACAGAAACAUCGUGGAAGGCAAGUCCUAUUUGAAAGAGAAAUCGGAACGAGGAUCAUAAGGAUAGUUAGCGCCGAAUGUUUUUACCUACACGCGACUGACAACGAAGAUUAAUCUGGAAUUGGCGCACAACUUUUAAAUGAGAGGGAGAAAGAGAGAGAAUUGAGAUCAAAAAUUGGAUCGAGAGUAAAAUCAAGAUCAAGACUCGAAUUUGACAACAAACGUCACGGAAGUUCAAGUCUGAAUUGGAAAAGAAAGCAGAGUCCGAAGCAAUAUAGUACAGAAUUACAUUAUGAUAGAGAAUGAGUUUGGAAUCGCUGAAUGAGAUUUCGUCGUAUUAACCUUGUAUCAGCUUGAUAUAUUACAAAGUUACCAGUUGGACCAGUGGAUAAUCCGCAAAAAGUGGAUUUUUAGUGUCCGGCGUUGUUAGUGUCCGGUCUGGAGUUUAAUAAUCAUCGCGCCCUACCUCUCUCACCGCGCCACGCCAGCAAUCGUACCACAUAUCGAUACUCAUAUCGACCACCGUUCGUUUUUACGUAAUUACGUGUAGUUUUUAAAAUAAAUAUUCCGUGUCAUAGUGUUUGAACAAUAUUCUGAUCGAACCAGGUAAAACCAAAAAAGGAUUUUGCAGAACAUUUCGAUAUCACGUGACUAGUUGCGAGCAGUACUUCCUUAUGUUCUUUACUGUGGUGCCUAAAUAACUUAAGUAAAGAAAUACUAGUGCCUAUAUAACGUAUAUGCGCAAUAAAUACAUAUAUCAAAUGCUGUGACUUGAAAAUAUAGAACGAUUCGUCAAAUCGAUUGGGAUCGUUUGAUGAACCAAAUCAUGGAUCAGUGAUACAGUGAUACUCGAGAUAUUCGCGACUUAUCUCGAUUUCAUUCUGUUAGAAUUUCAAUCGAAUCUGUCACGUUCACAAUAAGAAUAUUACUCUUUAUUUCCGAAGCGAAAUUUGCAAUCAUCGCACUAGAACUAGGAUUAGGAACAGAAAAUAAUGUGAAUGAAAAUCGUCGAAAGAAAAUUAAUAUCGAAUUUGAAAUGCGAAUGAAAUUAUUAUGAAGUUACUAACAUUUUUCUCGGGGCUCAAAUGAACAAGCACACUCGUAUUUGUCCGAUCUAGAUUUAAUCUUACCGCCUUCUCUUUGCAUCUCUUCGCAAUUUCCGUUCUCUUGAAACAUCUUCCGCUUCUAUCAUACAUACAUAUAUACAUAUAUAUCGAAGAUAUACAACAAUGUCUCGUUUAAUGUUGUGUAAUCUCGGCAAUACAUCCACGGCGGGAAAUGAUACAAAUAACAAUGCAAAUACGAAUAGUAGUAUGGAGGAUGAUGACUACUAUCCACUGCCAACUAUUUAUCGCUGCCGUGCACCUAUAGCGAGUUUGGAUUGCAUGGAAGAGUUCAACGGCGGCGGUGGCGGCGGUGGCGGCGGUGGCGGCGGUGGCAAUGCUGUGGACUCUGGUGUACAUUGCAGUAAUACCACUGGAACGAAGGAACAGCUACUGACUAACUGCAUUGCCGCACAAGCGCAGCGCUUACAGCAUCCUUCGCCAGGUAUUCGCUACCGCAACUUGGGCAAAAGCGGUCUACGUGUUUCCAAUGUUGGAUUAGGUACAUGGACAACUUUCGGAAUAGGAGGUUGCAGUAAUGAGGAAACAGCUGAAGCUGUAGUUGCCCUCGCCUAUGACAGUGGAAUAAAUGUGUUCGAUCUGAGCGAAGCUCAUAGCGGUCAUAGAGCAGAAAUUCAAUUUGGACGAAUUUUAUUACGACGUGCUUGGAAUCGUUCAAGUUACGUCGUUACCACUAAAAUAUAUUGGAACACGAAGGCAGAGGGACGUGGAUUGUCACGAAAACACAUAAUCGAAUCGGUGCAAGCAUCUUUAGUCAGGUUACAAUUAUCGUACAUCGAUAUUGUAAUGAUUCACAAAGUAGAUCCUAUGUGUCCUAUGGAAGAAAUAGUACGUGCAAUGAACUACGUGAUAAGUAAAGGAUGGGUAAUGUAUUGGGGAACGUCUCGUUGGACCCCUGUCGAAAUUAUGGAAGCUUACACGAAUUGCCGUCAAUUUAAUUGUGUCACACCAAUCGUGGAACAAGCCGAAUAUCAUCUAUUUUAUAGAGAAAAACCAGAACUUUAUAUGCCAGAGUUAUACAAUAAAAUCGGUGUUGGUUUGAUGGCGUGGUCCACGGUUACGAUCGGCAUGGUUUCUUCGAAACCAGACGACUGUGGUGUAUCUUUUUUAUCGAGAUCUUCGUAUAAGAAUAAAUAUUCGUCAUUCAGUUGGACCGAAGACGAAACGCAAUCUUUGUAUAAAGAACAGGAAUAUGGCUGGAAGGAAAAGUCAGCCGAUGACGAAACGCGAAAAUAUUCGGAUAAACUGCGAGAUGUGUGUGCACUCGCCGAACGACUCGGUUGCUCUUUCGGACAGUUGGCCAUCGCGUGGUCUUUAAAGAAUGAAAGUGUUCAGUGCCUUCUACUCGGUGCAUCAAACAUAGAUCAACUGUACGAGAGUCUUCAAAGUUUACAGCUAAUUCCAAAAUUGAACGCCAAUAUAAUGAACGAAAUUGAAAGAAUUCUUGAUAACAAACCGUCGCGACCUCCGAUGAUUUCGACAUUGGCGCUCAGAUGACAAUCAAUUUGCCCCCACGGAAAUGGUGGGGGCUCCUUAGAAGAUGGAGGCAGCCCAAAAAGCGAAGGUGCUAAUAGCCAAGAUCAAGAGCAGACGAAAGAGUUAACCGGCAAGCUACCAUUCUGCGAAAUACAAUGAAGUCACAUUAGUACGUGUACGUAAAUUUAUGCACAGCCUGAUCUUGGCCGGGUAACAUUGGAUCGAUUAAAACCGAAUUCUAAGAUGAACUAAAAUGAAUGAAAUGAUGCCAAGCGAGAUCACACAAGAUUAAACGAGAAAGAAACAUUCGAAUAGGGCAUCUGCUGCACGUUCUAGGUGUCCGGCACGAAUAUAUUCACGUGAAAAUGAAUCGACGACAAUACUAUUACGGUUACGGUUACGGUUACGGUUACGGUUACAGUUACGGUUACGGUUACGGUUACGGUUACGGUUACGGUCACAGUCACGGUUACAAUUACCAUUACGAUUGCGAUUGCGAUUACGAUCGCGGUUACGUUCGAUAUUUCACGAUAAAUGUUCACGAAUAAAUUACAGACACGGUUUUCACACAUCUUUGAUGCAGCUGUACGAUUACCCUCUUUGCAAUCUUCUUGGAAUAGAGACAUUUAAAUACGGAAAAGAGAGGUUGAAGAUAACUGGAAAACUUUUUUGCGUACACUUCUUUCGUUUCGAAAAAAAGCGGUCGAAUACAAGUUUUCUAUAAAUGUACGACUUGAAUCUCUACCCAUGAUUCACUAUGCCAGGUGUUCAUUCGUAAAUUAGAUAGAAUAUCAUAAUGUCUUUAUUACAGCUGUGUAAGAUUACAAGAUGGAUGCUUGUGGUUACUUUUUUCAGCUUCAAAGAAUUUCUUUUCUUCGUUUGCCAUAUUUUUCCUACAAUUUAUCUGAGAAUAUUUAAUAAAGCAAUGUAGCCGUUGGCAUUGACAGUAAGCGAAUAGUCAUCUCUAUUGAGAUCGCAAACUGUCAAUAUUGAAUCGUUUCUCAUCCUUCCACGGCAUUAUUCCUUUAUCCGUGUAUACAAGGCAAACCAAUAUAAGAAAAUACAAUGUGAAACUGGUCGGAAUUCACACGCAUAUACGUAUACAGCUACGCACGUACGUUCUCAUUAUAUAAUAUCUACGUUCGUGAGAGAUAGUUUUCGUGUGAUUGAUUAUACGAUUGAUUUAAUUCUCGAACGUGCGUAUACCAUUCGUAAUCACAGGUGGACAGCUAGCUCCGGUCAGCUAACUAGCCAUUCUGCUAGUUAACUACCCCAAACCAUAGCCAAGUAGCUAUGUAGGAUAGGUAAAUGACAUAGACGGGUAGUCUAUAAGUAAGUAGUCGUAGAUAGUUAAGGUAAAUAGUUAGAUAAGUAUGUAUAUACUUAGAUAGAUAGGAGUAUGAAAGGACGAAAGCGGGCAAGCGCGAUAAGUGAAAUUAUGUGAUAUAGAACGAAAAAAGAGAAUGCGUGUGACGCGAGGAAAAAGGUUUCAGUGGGUUUAUAGAUACGCGCAGAAAAAUCACGGUACAAGAAUAUUUCCGCUAUACGCUUAUUUCGUUGGAUUCUUUCUACUAUCUGCUAUCUCCUGCAAGAAUGUUAGAGCAAUAUUCUUUUCUUGCAUUUAGUUUUUCGAAUAAAAACCGUCCUAACGGCGCGACAGGCGCAAAGCCUCGUAGAACUAGUAAGAUCAUUUGCAAAUAAUAUCGGUCACGCACCGACCAAUGUUGAAUAUUCCUGAAGACGAACGAUCCAUGUGUAUUUACCUUAACAUUCCGCAUAUACCAUUUCGUGUAUAUGGGCAGAAAAUAACUGUGAGAAUAUCAUUAAAUAAACAGCGGAUGCGAAACAUGACAUGACAAGGAGAGAGAGGAGAGAAGAUUAGGGACAGUUCAAUGAAAUUCCAAUGAAAUUCGAAUAAGUGAUCAAACUUCGGGACAAAUAUAGGGACGGUGAUAUUACAGAAAUUAUCAACCGUUGCCGAUUGUAUAUAUGUAAAUCAUAAUUAACUGUUACGACUACGUUGCUAUUUAGUGACUCUUUGAUCCCUGGUGUGCAUUCGAAUAUAUAAUAAGUAGGUAUAUAAGUAUAUUCGAAUAUAAGUACUUAUAUUAUACAUUCGGAUAACAGGGAAUAAGACAGCAAACUCGUUGAUGGGGUCGGUUAGGUAGCUGCGCGAUUAGCUAUCGGUAAUUAAAAUGAUAAUGAUCGAACACCGAUCGCAGUGCUGGCUACGCUUUUGCCGAUUACGCUAAUUAUUUAGCGAUUUUUCAUCCAGGUUACGAUCUAUAUUUUCCACGAAAGUUUUUAUCGAAGCGUAAUAUAUUGUUAUAUAAUAUAUAUAUAUAUAUAUAUAAUAACUCGAUAAUACGAACAAAUGUGUACAGAAGCGUGCAAGUAUGUACAUAUAUUUGAUUCGCCGUGAUCUCGAAGACACGGUAUCUAGGCAAACUAAAACGUGGUUACGCGACUUUUUGGGACAAUCCAAAAAGUUGGAAAAACUUGAGUCGAUAGGAAGAUAUCAAACUGCCAAAACGUCGAGCGUUUUGUCGUGAAUCAAAUGACGAGCCAUGAUACGAAUGAUCGUUAAAAUAUAUGAAAUGCCUCAACUGUGUUCCGCGCGAACAAAACAAUCCUCCGUAUAAUCGAUGAUAGUCGAUAUGAUUUGAAGAGAGAGCAGGUCGAUUAGCAAUGAAAGAACGAUUAGGUAUGGACAGGGCUGGGAGGCAAAAAGUAGGGGAAGAGAAGAAAAAGGAAGGAUAGGUAAAGAAAGAGGUCGGAGAGUAGAAGCGAUACAGAAACGGCGAUGAUACGAUUAAUUACGAGUCAAAUGGAAAAUGUUCAAUGAAUAGACAAUCUUGAUCCUUUGCGGAUGUUUUUCAUCGCUUGAUCGCGUUACGUUCGAAUCAAGAUUGUUCGUUCGUUAUUUCGUUCGUUCAUUGAACGAAUUAAGAGAGAUUGUGUCCGAGAUUGUUACUCGUUUAAAAUGUAAGAUUUUAAAAAUUUUAUUCACGCGCCUUGUAGAUAGAUAGGUAGGAAAUGUGUACGAGAAAUCGGUAGGACAAUUACGAUACCGUCAUUAUCAUUGACCCGUUAUCGACGAUCAAAGAUGCGAAUAUUCGAAACGAAUUUCAUGCGCAUGAUUGUCAUAUAUAUACUUGCAUGUAUACACUAUAUAGUGUACAUAGUCGGUCAUUGGUUAUCUUAUCCAGUCAAAUAGUAUACACGUUAUCGAAUUAUCUUCGUUUACGCGGCUAAUUGUUAUUGUUUAAUCAGAAAUCGCGAAAACAUAAAGAAUUGUAUUAAUCCCAACGAAAAAUCGAUCGGACUGUGAUUAAAUCGAUUGGUCUUCCAUUUACUAUUAUGGAUGGAGUUCGUAAGUUGAUUUAAUCGACGAUCAGUAAGAAUGGCCACGAAUACAUAAUCGAAUCGAAUCGCAUCAAAUUGAAUCGAACCCGACUACGUACAUAGAAUCGCGACAGUCGAUUAAACAAUCGAAGCUGAAUAGGACACGUGUAUAUGUAGGCAAUAUUCGUAUAACUGUGUCAUAUGCGUGUUGCAUAAUUCUAAGUACUGACACGAAAAAAGAAUAACCGCUCUUGCGAAGCUGUAGCAUCUUUUUAAAUUGUCGAUAAUACGAGUACGCAUCUACCUAUCUAUAUUUCUAUAUUAAUUUAUGAUACAACCGUCGAAAUACAAUGAGAUCGAAUUCGAAUAAAAGUGUUCAAUACGAACGUACUUUUUGGUCAACUAUUUUGUCAAUAAAGAAAUAAUAUGCACGAAAAUUUCAUCUAGAUGGCAUUACCAGUCACAUAUAAUGUAUAUAACUUGUCCUCCGCGGGUAUACAUAUUUUCUCAACGUAUUUCUCAACGACGAAAACCCUAAAAUUAUAGGGGCCAAAAGGGGUUUGAUCAUUACUCCGAUCACUAUCUUGUGAUCUUCGAUCUACCUUCUAUCUUCUUCUACCGACUUCCUUCUUCUUUUCCCGAAACCACGAUCGUAAAUUUGUGAAAUGGAAAAAACAGCGCGGCGUUUCAUUCAAUAAAUAAUUUAAUGCUCCAAAAAAUGUAAAAUACACACACACACACACAUACAUUUUCAUAAGACGGAACAUUUUCUCAAAGUCUUUCGAAAUCUUAUACGAACGUUCUAAGCAAUGUAUCAAGUAUUUAGGGGACUAUUUUGAAAGAAUUAUAAAUAAAAGAAACACGUUACCCUA